AUGUUUGUCUUUGAUCGUCUCAGGGACAUACAGUGUGUGCUGAGGGAUUUUCGGAAUGCUUCAGUCAUCCAUACUUUGGUUUAUUUCUUCAAAUCGGACCUCUUCAUCGAAGAGAUUGUGUUUCGGGACAACCUCGUGGAUUUAGCUUUGAAGGUGUUACGAGAGAAUCCAAGGCAAGCUUUGGCAAGGAAUGAGAACCAGGAGACGGGAUUGCAUGUUUUGGCCCGAAAGCGUUCAUCUUUUAGUUGUCGAGGAGGACAAGGUGUGACCACAACUGGGGGAGGGUUCUCAGAAAAGUUGAGCACAAAGGAUGGGCCUGCACUUAAUGCAUCAUUUUCAAAUGAUUUUGACCUGGCCUUCAUUCCUGGGCUGUGUGCCUUGCUGGUGUCAGAUCACAUGCACAGAUUGGUCCGCCAGAUUAAUUUGAAGGAGGAGGAUUGCACCCUUGUUCUAAAUCUGAAUGUGUGGGAAAAAAAAAAAUCCUUUUGUCCAGGGCUAGGUGCAGUCAUGACUUGGACUCUAGGAUUAGGUCUUUCAUGCUUACUGGGGUUAGUAAUUGGGAUUGCAGUGCGCCCUUACAUCAUCCCUAAUACAGAAAGGUACCAAUCCUUGCCGUUACAUCGAGACAUGGAAGCGUUGCCUAACCAGUCUGGGGAAGCUAGCUACCGAUGCUGUUCUUCAGCACCAAAAGCGCAAUUGCUAGCUGCAGUUGCUCCUCUGUUUACACAAUCCUGAUGGGGUUUUGGAGAUUGAGUCUCUCUCAUCUUGUUUGCAUGUCUAGAAUUAGAAUCAACAUAGUGACUCCAAGGCCACAUCUGGAAUCAGUGUCUUUGCUAGAUUUAGAUGUCUGCAAUAGCGGUGAGGUAACAAAGCCAGGUAAGUAUUAUGACCAAUUGAAAGAUUUGAUGAGUUUUGAUGAAGAUUCAACCAAUGGCAAGGCAACCUUCAACAAAGGAAAUGAUAGCCUAGGAAGGAGGAAUGUUUGCCAUGAAGGUGAUCUCUUCAUGAUUAGGGCUAACAUGGGCUUCGUAGAGCCACCUAUAGAUAACAUUCUUCAUCAAGAAUCUUCUGUGUGUAAUUUGGGUAUUGUGAAGCGUAAUGAAGUUAUUUGUAGACGUUAGUAUGUUAUGAAACUAGCAAGCAUAUAUUUCGUCACCAACAUCCAUCUUUUUUGGCUUUUUAUGCCAUCUAAUAGAAAGUAGUAACCAUGUAAAUUAUGGAUAUCUGUAUCGUUUAAAUGUCAUUAAAUUUCGAAUGAA